UUCUUAGUUUUAAAUACUGAAUUCUUCUCUAUAUGCCAAGACAAAAAAAACAGGGGAGCUCUGAGAACACUUCUUCGAUGGGGAAGAUGAUGGCCACAAAGAUCGAAUUUGUGGCGUUUGCGGUGUUCCUAGCCGCCGUCACGGUGAAGACGUCGAUGGAUAAAGCUCACGCCGCCGUUCAUAUUGUUGGCGGCGCAGCGGGUUGGACGGUCCCUAGUGGCGGCGCCUCCUAUGUAGCAUGGGCUUCCAACCGUACCUUUUUAGUUGGCGAUACUCUAGUGUUCAACUUUGCAACCGGAUUCCAUGAUGUAGCAAAAGUGACAAAGAGUGCCUAUGACAAGUGCAACACCACAACUCCUAACUCACUUUUAACGGUUGCCCCAGCAAAUAUUGUUCUAAAUUCUGCUGGUCAACAUUACUUCAUGUGCACUUUUAGUCAGCACUGUCCCUUGGGUCAGAAAUUGGCCAUCACCGUUUCUCCUACCUCCCCCUCUCCCUCCAUUCCAAGCCCAAGCCCAAAACUGCCCCCGAAAUCUGCUCAAGGCCCAAUCCCAAAAACACCUCAGACACCCACUCCGAGCUCAAGCCCAUCUUCGAGCUUGACUCCAACAAGAAAUCCAGGGUCAAGCCCAGCACCAAUGCCUCACCUGAGCCCAAGCCCAAAAUCAAACCCCGGAGUGAGUGCGGGCCCACCCGUAGUGGCCAGCUCGCCCGGAGCUUCUCCAUCACCCAAGGGAACAACUAAUGAGGUGUCACCUCCGAUGUCUCCUAGCUCUGCUCCCAUAAGAGUUGUCACCACUUUGUUUGCUCUGGCUAUACCUAUUAUUGCCAUUGGUGUCAUAUGUUAAAUUGAAUAAGGCACAGUCUUAAUAUGGCUAGGAAAUUUUGUGUACGUGAGAUUGUUAGUGUUUGAGUUUGUAUUGCUAUAAUAUUAUACGCUCCGUAGUUGUAUGUACACAAAAUGCAUGAGUGUGUGUGAAGUCAUCUUUGUACUUUUUUUUUUACAUUCUGAUGUUUUGAUUGAUCGAAGGAGCUAGUUAAUAAAUAAUCCCUCCAUUCAUAUUUAUGUGUCUGUACCGUUAUAUGUGUCGAACAUUUGACUAAUUAUAUGCUCAUGGUGUAAAAAUAUUAUACAAAAUUAUUGAUUUUAAUAUUCUUGCUAAUAUAUUUUAAGUGAUUGA